CAGGUUUGGCACCGGUUUAGUCCAUUAGUAAUUAGGGGGUAGAUUCUGUAACCGGGUUUUGAAAUUUAGUAAUCACAAUGUUUUCAGCUAAUUUUUUGCAUAUUUUUUACUCAAAUAUAUGUCAAUCCUUUCAAACUGGUGAAAUAGAGACAAAAAAAUGCAUUUGGAUAACCUUCAUCUCCAGAGAUUAUACCUUUGUCUCCUAUACAAUAUUGAACCUAUCACCGACCUAUUUACAGGCGCAAGAUCGUUGGGGAAUUCCCGCACGUGAAAUUGACAGCGGGAGCCAAUGAAAACAAUCAAAAUUACGUCAUCGUACGGCACGUGUAUAAAAGGUAAGUUUGGCGCGGUUUAUCUCACUUUCAAGAUCUCAAUUCGACUCGUUGCGUCAUUCUGAGACGAACCUUUGCUUUUGUUCCAGAUUUUGAAGCACCAAGGAAAUUUAAAUUUAGCUCAAGUUAAAGUUCCUUUGAAAUACUAGUAAAUAUGGUGAGUUCACUCUUGAACUGGCGAGUUCUGAGACAGUUGUUGCACCUUUUUUUCAGUAGGCUACAUCGGGUACGAGUGCAGAGACAGCAGUCAGCAUGCAGAGCUAGUGAGUGAUGCUCCUUGCCGCCAUGUCAGAUGUCGGUGCCGGUAUCCCCCACUUCGACAAUAAUCUGACAUGUCUGAGGAAUGAAGUGAAAACUAGCCCUACGACCACGCCCUUUCCAUGACCAUUCUAUGCCAAGUUUUCUCUUGUCUUGCUGCAUUGUUUUUGUUCGGAUCGAGCUUUGAUUUGGCGUUUUGCGCCAGCAGGCCGGAUGCGCAUGCAUCGCCGUACCAGUUGCAUCUUGAUGAAAAUCCGUCCUCCUCAACAUAAUAAAUCCAUCGUAAUCGCCCACAAUAUAUGUGACCCACUAAUACUGUCUGGGUUUAGUCACCGACAGCAAUCUCCUCAUUCACACCCACGUGAAUGUAUCUCCAUCCAUGUUGGCCAAGCCGGUGUCCAGAUUGGCAAUGCCUGCUGGGAGUUGUACUGCCUGGAGCAUGGUAUCCAACCCGAUGGCCAGAUGCCCAGUGACCAGACAAUCGGAGGUGGUGACGACUCCUUCAACACCUUCUUCAGCGAGACUGGUGCUGGCAAACACGUGCCAAGGGCCGUCUUUGUUGACUUGGAGCCAACAGUAGUGGAUGAGGUACGUACUGGAACCUACCGCCAGCUCUUCCACCCCGAACAGCUCAUCACGGGCAAAGAAGAUGCUGCUAACAACUACGCCCGUGGCCACUACACCAUUGGUAAAGAAAUCGUUGACCUCGUCCUUGACCGCAUCAGGAAGUUGGCUGAUCAGUGCACUGGUCUCCAGGGAUUCCUCAUCUUCCACUCCUUCGGUGGUGGGACCGGAUCUGGUUUCACCUCCCUCCUCAUGGAGCGUCUCUCUGUCGACUAUGGUAAGAAAUCCAAGCUUGAAUUUGCCAUUUAUCCAGCACCACAGAUCUCCACUGCAGUUGUUGAGCCAUACAACUCCAUCCUGACGACUCAUACCACCCUGGAGCACUCUGAUUGUGCCUUUAUGGUCGAUAAUGAAGCCAUCUACGACAUCUGUCGCAGAAAUCUUGACAUCGAGAGACCAACGUAUACAAAUUUGAACAGGUUGAUGGGACAGAUUGUUAGCUCCAUCACUGCCUCACUUCGUUUUGAUGGUGCCCUGAAUGUGGACUUGACCGAGUUCCAGACAAACUUGGUGCCCUAUCCACGAAUUCAUUUCCCACUUGCCACCUAUGCCCCAGUCAUCUCUGCUGAGAAAGCAUACCAUGAGCAGCUCUCAGUUGCUGAGAUAACCAACGCCUGCUUUGAACCGGCCAACCAGAUGGUGAAGUGUGACCCACGUCACGGCAAAUACAUGGCCUGCUGCAUGUUGUACCGUGGCGACGUUGUCCCAAAAGACGUCAAUGCUGCCAUCGCCACUAUCAAGACCAAGAGGACCAUCCAGUUCGUCGAUUGGUGCCCUACUGGAUUCAAGGUUGGAAUAAACUACCAGCCACCAACAGUUGUCCCAGGUGGUGACUUGGCCAAGGUUCAACGAGCUGUUUGUAUGUUAAGUAACACCACGGCCAUCGCCGAGGCCUGGGCUCGUCUUGACCACAAAUUUGACCUUAUGUACGCCAAGCGUGCCUUUGUCCACUGGUACGUUGGAGAGGGAAUGGAAGAGGGAGAGUUCUCAGAGGCUCGUGAAGAUUUGGCCGCUCUUGAAAAAGAUUAUGAAGAAGUUGGCGUUGACUCUGUAGAGGCAGAGGGAGAAGAAGAAGGAGAGGAGUAUUAGGUUGAAGACAAUGUCACAACCAACCAGUAU